AUUUCGGAAAAUAUGAUCAAAUUUGUAAAAAAAAUAUAUUCUAAUGAAAAACAGCUCAAAUUCGAAGUGUUAGAUAUCCAAACUAAAAAUUUGCCUGAAAAAUAUAUUUCUGAAUUUGAUCAUAUAUUUUCAUUUUACACUUUACAUUGGUGUUAUGAUAUUAGACAAGCGUUUGAGAAUAUUUUCCAGAUGAUUCGACCUGGUGGAAAUAUUCUUAUGCUUAUAGUAGCGUCUCAUGAUGUAUUUGAAAUUAUUAAAAUUUUGGCUCAAGAUAUUCGUUUUGCAUCAUACAUACAAGAUGUCAGAAACUACAUUUCGCCAUUUAAUGAUUCAAUCACUCCUCAUAAAGAACUGAGGAAAUUACUUAAAAGUAUUGGAUUUGAUGUUUGCCAUUGCAGUCUUCGAGAAGUGACAUAUUCCUUCCAAAAUAUGCAAAAUUUUUUAUCUUCGAUAUUAGCCAUCUACCCAUUUUUGGACAAACUGUCACACGAUCAGAAAGAAGAAUUCAGGAAUGAAUUUAUACGUGAAUUUAUGAAAAGAAAGUUUGCUUGUAAAACAAUACAGAAUAAUCAGGAACAAACAAAUUUUAUAGAUCUAUACAAAAUCUUAAUAGUUUAUGCACGAAAAAUUGUAUAA